AUGACCACACUUAUUGUAACAAUUAUUGCUGGAAAAAAUUUAAAAGAUGAAGAUAUGGGUGCUGGUAAGAACGAUGCCUAUGUUGAAGUAUAUGUUGAUGAUGAUUAUAAACAACGAACUAAAACAAUAAAUGAUUCAAAUAAUCCAAAAUGGAAUGAUCAGAUGGAUUUUAAUUUAAAUGGUAAUGAAAGACAUUUACAUUUACAUGUUUAUGAUCAAGAUACGGGCAGUGAUGAUUCAAUUGGUUCUGCUCAAAUUGAUUUACAGGAAAUUAGACAAGGUGGUUAUAAUAAAUGGGUUCCAAUUCAUGAUCAUGGCUUUGGUAGAUUAGGUAAAGAUGGCCAAGUUCAUGUUAAAGCGCAUAUAAAUUAA